GCACCUGCAGGAUCCCCCCACCGGUCUCUGCUGAUUGUUCCUCCUAGAGCUAAAGGCUGUGUGGAGAAAAUUGCUCAUGGCAGCGUCCUGGGUAAUGGACAAGAGCGGCUCUGGGCCUCAGUCUGCUGGAGAGAUACUAGGACAGUGAGAUUCUGUAGAGGGAAACAGAGGAUGGCAAAUUCAGCUGAGAGAACAAUAUGCUUCCUCCAAAGAGGUAACCACAGGUCUUAAGAUGACUCUGCGCUGACGAUGGCAGCAUGUGACAGAAGGAGCCUGGGUCGAUGAGUCACCUCACCAAGAGUGCUUGGACUCCACUGCAGCAAAGCUCCACUGAAAAAAACAGGAAAUGUUAAGAUACGAGCAGUUCUCCUGGAUUCUUAACAGUGAAGCAACCCCUCUGAAGGAAACUAACUCAGAAGAAGGAGGCUCACCCCAGAAUAUGGGCCCAGGAGUCCUGUACUACACACGUCUCCCCAUGCAUGCCGAGGAGGUGGCGUCUUGUCUUCAGCGAGUCCUGACUCCCAGAGCAGGGCAGGUCCCCAGGAGGCAGCGGACCACAGGGCAGGAGAAAAUGGCCCUCCCGAGGCCCAGGCGGGGCAACCAGCUGCUCUUCCUGGGCAUCAUGUUAGUCACGGUGGUGGUCAUCUCCCUGCUGUUCUACGCUCUCCUCUGGAAGGCCGGCAACCUCACGGACUUGCCCAACCUCAGAAUCGGCUUCUACAACUUCUGCCUGUGGAACGAGGGCACCGGCUCCCUCCAGUGUCACCAGUUCCCCGAGCUGGAGGCCCUGGGCGUGCCACGGGCCGGCCUGGCCCUGGCCAGGCUGGGUGCAUAUGGGGCCCUGGUCUUCUCUCUCUUUGUCCCCCUGCCUCUGUUCCUGGCCUGGUGCAACGGUAACGACGGAGAAUGGCAGCUGGCGGUGGGCUUCCUGGCCAUGGCGUCUGCGCUGCUGGCCAGUGGCCUGGGCCUCUUCCUCGCCUAUACGUGGAAGUGGGUCAGGCUCUCCCUCCUGGGGCCUGGGUUCCUGGCUCUGGGUGCUGCCCAGGCCUUGCUCGUCCUCCUGCUGAUGGCCACGGUUGUGUUCCCUCGGAGGGCAGAGGACAAGAGCAAGCUUGACAGCUGCUAGUUCUGUCAAAAACAUGAUUGCCAGAGUUCAGUCUGAACCUCGCUCAGAGAAGGUGCCAGAAAACCGAGGGGCUCGUAUGUCUUCUCAGCCUGUUUCAUAGCAAAUGCCGAUCUCAAGCUCUAGCAGACGGGGCCCCUCCAGGGUGAAGGUGGGGUACCCCAGGUCAAGAAAGCCAGGAGGCAGCAAUGGCAGGACAACCUGAGUGCAGGGUUGUCCGUCCUACGGGGCUUCUAGGGCUCACAAGGACACCCCAAACCCGCGUAGCUCACGGUCACAAGAACUCCUGCCUCAAUGCACUGAUCUGAGCAGGCCUUCUUACGUCAUCCUCAGAAUGACAGGAGAUUCCUGUCACGAGGCCUGAUUUCCAGGAUAAUCUGCCAAAUGUCAAAGUGGAACCCAGUGAGGAUUCAUGGCUACAAAUGGGGAACAUUCUGAGAGAGAGAGAGAACAAGAGAGAGGGCCAAGAGCGCCUCGGCGUCUCCCUUGGGCCCUGGUGAGCAAGCUCCCCCUCUCCAUGGUGGGUGUCAUGGGAUGGGCCCAGGGGUGACCCCUUGAGGGAUUCACUCAAGACAGAAGCCAUGGGCACAAAUUGAGGCCUUGGUGGCUUUGAGGGUCUCCUGGACCUGAAACCAGACAAAUCAGGGGGUCGGGGGGCAACUCCCUCCUAGCACGUGACCCAGGCAAGCAGAACAGUCCCAGUGCACACCGAAGCCGCAUCCCUUCCCUUCUCCACCCAGAACUGGAAAGGACAGAAACACAAUCUCGGCCUUGGGGAACUGUUUGUAUUUCUCCACGCAGCGCAUUGACGACCCCGCACAGCAAAGGACUGCCUCGUCCCACGCCUGUCAAAAGCCACACUGAAUAAAGACAGAAAUAUGGAC